UGUGUUUUGUCUCCCCACUCUUCAAGGCUGAGGGAUACGAUUCCUGUAAACUCAGACCUAUAAGGAGAUUUUGUGCUUGACUUGAGUUUCAUGUCAGCCAUGACACAAAGGAAGUGAGUUUAGAAGAUAGGGAUUAUCACUGUAUUUGUGUGUUACUUAACGCAUCUCAACACAAGUUCCCACCCUGACUGGUCUAGUGCGAUGGUCGGUUAAUUACGCUUUGAACAGGUAGAAAAUCCCAGGUGAGGGGUUUUACAAUCUGAUGUUACUCAAGGUGUGAUCCCUGUAAUGUCAUCUGUCUGAUUGUUAAGGGGAGAUAACUCUCUGGCUUUGUUUUGAAAGUGAUUCCAGAAGGUGAUAAGAUUGGCUGUGUGUGACUAUUAAGUCCACUCCUGUGUCGGAGUUUAUUUGGAUAGCAGAGUAACUUUAUACUGAAGCCUCGGAGAUAAGUCUUGACGAGUAUCUAUAAGUGAUUUUGAGGUUUGAAGACCAUAUUGGGUGUCUGCAUGCGGGCGUUGUGGUUUAUGUAGAUGUCAAAUGGUAUAUUCCAUAUCAUGUACCUGAAACUAUUUAUAGAUCAGACACCGAAUGAGUGAUGGCGACCAAACUAUAAUUGACUCAGUGGUGACCAGAUGGCCUGCUCCAAAGACGAUACUUAUUCCUAAAACUGACCAGGGUUACGGCUUCACCCUGAGGCAUUUCAUCUUCUAUCCACCCAACACUUCCACUCAAGAAGAGGUCACAGAAAAAGACCAAGAUGACAGUGCAAAUAAAAGCCCCUCCUACAAACGUAAACGCCUCAGUUUCCUGGAUCCGAUGGAUACCAUCUUUGUUAAAAAUGUUCGAACCUACAGUCCAGCUUAUGACGCGGGUUUAAAGACGGGGGAUCGAGUGAUAACUGUGAAUAACCAGCCUGUAUCUCAGAAAUCGUACGCUCAAGUGAUUGGUCUCAUUCAGCAGAGCGAGGGAAUCCUGAAGCUAGAGGUGCUUACAAAAGACGAGGACAAGGAGGACACAUGCCAAGUGACCUGUAAAAGUCCAGCACAGACACAGCAGGCAGAGUUGUGUCAGAAUCCACUGGAAAAGACCACCCUGUACAGAAAUCCACCCUUUCGCAAAUUCACUUCUAGCGACGAUCUGCGAGAGAGGCCAAGGUCACUUCUGGCUAAAGAAGAAAUUGCCCCAAACUCGGAGGAUCGAAUUCUUGUGAAAAGCAUGGAUCCCCCCAGUAAGUUAAAGACAUCGACGUCUUAUACGUCGGGUCUGAGUGUGUUUCGUGAGCCGUGGAAUUCAACAGGAAGUGCUGGAAUGAAAGAGCCCCCUUCUCGAGAAUUUGUGGAAAGGAGGAGGGAUUUCGAAACGAGGGCAAAGGAGAAUCAUGAAAUCUCGCCGAACAGAGCAUAUUCUUUUGGAUUGUUUUACAAUGAUAAGACAAGAAGUUCCAGUGAUUUGUCAAAUGCGGUGCCGCGCCGCCAGGAGCACGUGUUACACCCCACCGAUUCUCAGGAGAAUAUCUGUAAAUCAAACAAAACUCACACAAGAGUGAUUCCCCUUGAGAAUAGACAAUCAAGGGAGAUAAUUCAGGAUAAAACAGGGUAUGCUGCAUCUUCAUCAUCGUCUUCGUCGCGUCAUAGUUUUCCAGAUUCAGUUUCGAGUCGUAUGUCUUCAUCAGCUUCAUCAGGACUUCAAAGUGUGCCAAAUUCAAAGUCCGAAUAUCACACUGCAACAAGACAAUAUAUACCCGUGGUCUCGGCACAACCCUCAAUUUCGCACAAAAUGUCAGCAAGUGUCGACAGUUUAGACUCGGGUUCUCGGUAUCACAAUCCCGAGAGAAAUGUCCGUACACGGAUAUACGAACAACCAAACCAAGGGGGAGGGAGAACAUUCAUUGUGAAAAUUGGAGACCGACAUUACGAAGGAGGGGUUAGUCCUGGAAACGCACAAAGUGAAAUGAAAGGGAACACUGUGAGGCAGGUCCCUAGGUACGGCACAGCGUUUGCCCUCACACGAUCUCCCAUGUCUGAUCAGGGAAGAGUUGUGUCUCAGAAGAAAUUCAUGUUUGAAAAUGGCAAAAGUGAUAAUACUCAGGCAAAGGCCACGGUGGAUCAUUACAAAACAGAAAUCGACAAGAUUACCUCUCAUGGCAAAUUUAGCAGUGUUGCAAAUAGAGUGCAGAGUUUUGAAAAAGAGGAACAGUCACCAAGUUCAAACAUCCGAAUCCAUCGGCGGUCAUCUCAGGAACGUUGUGUAUCUAUGCCACCAGAUUCAUUAGGCCAAUCAAGUCAUUCGUCUCAACAGUCAUAUCAGGAUUCUGCUCCAAUCAGAAUUUAUGUCUCACAGGGAUCUGGAAAUUCCUCAAGCUCACCAAUUGUGGAAAUUGUUCCCAUGUAUCCGAACAAUGGCAAUAAAUCAGUAUCCGCCUCGCAGGAAGUGACAUCACAGCCAAUCAUUCAUAUAAAACAGUCGGAUGAUGUUGAUGGUGCUGCACUGAGCCGACGUAAGGAAGAUGAGGAAAUUAGUCAUUCGUCAAAACCUGUCCGAAAACCCUCCUUCCUAGCUGCCGUCAAUGCUUCCCAGCAAAGAUACUCGGAGAGCCAAUCAAGUUCAGAACAUCUGUCAAGUCCGGAACCCCCACCUGUCAAUCAUUCCACCAGCCCAGCCUGGGGUAGUCCCCUCUCUCCUAGUGCAACCUUCAAUACCUCAGACAAAGACUUUUCAACUGCCUCUAAUUGUUCUGCAAUAGCUUUGACUAGUACCCCUGUUAAAGAACCAGUCCAAACAGUUAUUUUGCGAAAAAAGACAAGAAUCCUGCCUGUCACCACAACAGAUGACAUCGCUAUACCAAGUACACCAAUCAAAGAUAAAAAAUCACAUGUGGUGCUCCGACGAAAGUCAGAAACUUCCCCUGAUGAUGAGGCAAUCAAAUUGCAGAGACGGACAUCGUACCUCAUGGCAACAGCCAAAGACAGGGACUCACACAAAUUGUCAUUGGACAAGACUCACUCUCCCAGCCAAUCACAAACAGAGAUACAUGUUCAGAUUACACCGCAUCAGAAACCCUCCAUGCGGAAACUUAAACAUUUCUUUGGUGAAAAAACCCCACGGAUUAUGGAGGCCACAGAGAGGAGACAGGACCCUGCUAGUCCUCUUCAGGAGGUCACCAAGAGAGGCUCUCUGUUGUGUAAAACGGACAUCACGGAUGGCAAGAAAGCCAGUGACAGAUCUUGGAAACCGGUGUGGGUGGAGCUAAGAGGUCAUGCCCUCUACAUUUCCAAGGAGAAGAAAGAUCCGGUCAUGAGUCACACCUUCAGCUUCGAUGACCAGCCUGUGUCUAUAAAGUCCUGCCUAGUAGACAUUGCUCACGAUUACACAAAGAAGAAGAAUGUCUUCCGACUGAAAACUUUCAAUGGCUCGGAAUACCUCUUCCAGGCGGAGGAGAAUAUUACUAUGCUGGACUGGAUCAGAGCCAUUCAAUCCAAUAACAACCCAGACGCCGAUAAACAAUCUUAUGAGAAGGGAAGAAUGGAGACAGAUUUGAUUCUCCGUAGCAGGAGCCAGAUGGAGCUGCAGUCUGCCCCGCCCCUCACCUCUCAUGGAUCCACCUCCUCCCUCCGCACCUCCCCACAGGUGCCCCCUAAAGCCCCCAAGCAGAGCAGCAAGAACAAGCUCAUCAAAAUUCCUCACUCGCCCAGUAUCAAGAGGAAAAGCAAAGAAUCCAAGAGCUGGGGACUAUCAUCUAAGUUGAAGAGUUUCCGUAAGGGCAGCAGUGCCUCCUCGCACCCUGGUGAUUCUGAAAACAACGACAUGUUCGGGGUGCCUCUAGAGUGUUGCAUACCAUCUCCUAACAACGACUUUGUGCCUAUGAUUGUUGACCUUUGCACCAAGAUUGUUGAAGCACGGGGGUUAGAGGUCACAGGCGUAUACCGUGUCCCUGGCAACACAGCAGCGGUCAAUAUGAUGAUGGAAGAACUGAAUAAGGGUAUAGACAACAUGAAUGUCGACCACGAGAAGUGGUGUGAUGUCAAUGUCAUCAGCAGUCUCCUUAAGACGUUCUUCAGAAACCUUCCUGAUCCACUCAUCACCUCAGCUCUGUACCAGGACUUCAUUGAUGCCAACCGCAUAGACGACCUGGAGAUGAGGAUGUUGAAGUUAAAGCGCCUAUUACACACUAUGCCCGAGCACCAUUUUGAGACCUUUAAACAUCUUGCUGAACAUCUCAACACUGUAGCCAGCUUUGGACAUCUGAACAAGAUGGAUGCCCGAAAUUUGGCCAUUGUGUUUGGUCCGACCUUGAUCAAGAAGAAGGACGACGAUAUGACCUCUAUUGUCAGGGAUAUGUCAGACCAAUGUCGGAUCAUCGAAAGCAUCAUCCUUCACAAUGACUGGUUCUUCAGCUCCUGGGAUCAGGACAGUUACGUCCCCUUGGAGGAGGGCCGUGAAGACGACGAGGUUCCUUUGAACCCGUCGGUGUCUAAAAUGAGCUGCGAUGAAGACGAUAACACUGUCAAUCCCCGGGAUAUUGUCUCUUCCAUAGUACAAGCAGCCAAUCAAAAGCGCAAGAAAUCGGCACCAUCACUCGGGGAAGAUCUCAAUAUCAGCUUAACAGAUGGAGGAUUCCGGGAGAGAAACAUCGAUCUGGAAAUCCAGCGCACAAAAAUGAAAUCGCAUUCCGAAAUGAAAGCCAGAAGCAGCCCCAAUCUUCCAGCUAUGGCAGAAAGUGCUCAGGAUGCAAGGCAACCCUCAUCUAAGCGAACACUGGAAAAAGUGCCAGAGCGUCGACUAGCAAUGUCUCAUGAGGGAAUCGAUUCCUCGGAGUGGGAAGUCAUGGAGAGGGAGAGAACUGGGUCAAAUAUGACCCCGCAGUCAAGGCAUUUUUCCUCCGACUCACUUGAUCGACAUGAAGAUGUGGAAAUGUCACAGAGCACAAGUCCAUCAUUCAGUCACUCGACGAUUGAGGCUCUCAGAAAAAUUGAGGAGGAGGCUCGGGCACUGAGAGAAAAAGAAGAGAGGAAACAGCAGAGGGAUUUCGAACGGUGGAAAUAUGAACGCCAGAGGCAGGAAAAAACGUGGAGGGAAAUGGACAAAGAAAAAAGCCAAAGUAAUGAAAAUCUGAUGGACUUUGGAACCAUUUGGCAUUCCACUUCUGAUAUUUUUAACAAGCUUGCGAGGGGUGAAUCAAAGGAAGUUCUGGAGAGGAAAUCGAGUGGUGAUAAAUAUGAUAGAAACUCUAUGGCGAGUGUAUCUGAUAAAUCAGAAAGUUCAAGAAAAAACAGUGCGAGUAGUAAUUCAGGAGGGAAAUAUUUCGUGAUUCAAAGCUCCAGAAACAACAGCCGAGAUAGACUGUCCCAGGGGAGUGGAGAAAUUCCUGCGUUUCCUAGUAAACGAGCCAGUUCCAUGGAACGGCUUUUGGAAUCCCCAAAGAAGGAUUACUUAACUCCCCAUUCCAGAAAUCCACCAGAAAUGGGAAGGUCCAGAAGCGGGGGGAGGGAAAACCGUGAGAAUCGGCGCUCAAAAAAAAGAUUAAGUAGGAGUGAUUCAGCACGAAGGGGGUCUCUAGAUUCAUUGAUAAAUCUAGGACGACAGUACUCCCACAAUUCAUCAGAUUCUGAAGAUGGCUCCGACCUACUUUCUGAUCUCACUUCAACUUUUGAUCAAAAACUUCAAAUUUUAGUGAACCCAAAAUAUACACUGAAUGGAAGUGCUGUGAAAGGCUCUAAUGAAUUGCUGGACAAAGAAAGUGCUAUUUCAUGCCUUCCACCCCAGAAGCCUUUAGCCCAGGCUCAGUGCAAUAAAUUUGGAUUGUGCAGUAGCAAUGACAUGCUCGAAAAACAAUACAGGGACCCAAGUCUGCACCGAUCACCCAAGGAUGCCAAAAUAGGAAUCGCGUAUCGAUUUGAAAGAAACCCACUGGGUAAUACGGCUACCACUGCUCAACAGGACAGUGUGCAGGAUGGGAGCAGUUCUGUGAAUAGUGUGAUGUACUAUCAGGAGGAAACGAGACCGUCGGCUACAACGCUACUUCCUGUGUCGGCUACAACGCUACUUCCUGUGUCGGCUACAACGCUACUUCCUGUGUCGGCUCAUGUACAGGAAAUCAGGACUCUGAGUAGCAACAUGUACGGAUCUAAAGAAAUACGACCCAGUUCUAAACUGGAAAGGACCGAGAUAAGUAUUCCAAUUCACAGGCAGCAAGAAAAAACGCCUCAGUAUCGUGUUCGGUACGAAAGGUCGGCAAGUACACCGAAAGACCUUGAGCUCGAUGUGAAUGUUGCAAGGACUCCAGAUUUCAAGGGAGGUAACUCCCAAAAACAUGUGUUCUCCCCUCCCCCCGAGAGACGAAAGGAAAAACGUCCGAAACGCCGUCACACUGUAAGUGGGACGGAUGAUUUAGAACACUUUAAGGCCCUGAUGACGGUGGUGCAUCCACGGGGUGAUGGAUCUCCGAAAAGAUCCGCCUGGGAUCAACUUCAGCCUGUGGUCAAGGACAUGCCACAGGGGUCAAACCGGUCCAUGUUGUCAUGGUUACAGAACGAGAGACUACGGGGAAGUACACCAGAUUUAAGUAUCGAGCAAGAACCAAAGCCAAAGUUUUAUUGAAGAUGUUAUAUUUUACGUGAACACAUAAUUUUGCUCUAAGCAUUUGAUAGGCUGUUCAGUUAUUAGACGAUUUUCCUCCCAUCAUUUGUUAUGUUCAUGCUUAACAAUUGUAUGUGUAUUUUGUUGUUACAGAGUGCAAAACACCUAUGUGAUGGAAAAAAUCAAAAGAAAUAGGAAUCAAACUAUUUUUCAUAUUACUUUUUAAUUCAUUUUCUGAGUUUCUCCAUCUGUAUAGAUUUUUUUAAUUUGUAGAAAGAUUGAUAGAUGCACUUCAACUGUUAAAUGAAUUUGCACAACAUGUGAUGAGUCUAAUCAGAAUAUAAACCAAGAUGUGUUAUGCCUGUACAUAAAGAACAAUUUUACAAAUUAAUAUAUUAUUUUUUUAAUAUACUACCAUUUAUCAUUAUGACUUAUAAAGGGGGGGGGGGGGGGGGGGGGUGGUGAGGUCAAAAUAUCUAUCAGAAAUAAUUUUCUCUACAUCGAGAGUCCAAGCAAUUUAAAAAUAUAAAUAUAUUACAUUUUGUUCAGCAGCUAGGCUGAAAAUGACACAUCCCAUUUUAUUUGUAAAGAUAAAAUAUGAAUAUAUACAAUAUAUGUGCAGGUCACAUAUAUUUGCGUAAAUAAUAAUUGAUGUUAAAGCCCAGAUUAAGAGUUUGGGUUGUUUUUUCUCUAUGUGACCGAGAUGUUUCUCUAGAAAAUGUAAGUUAAGGGGUAAUAGUUGGUUUUGUAUGUGGUUGUUUUUCUAUUCGACUCCUCCAGAAAAUGGUGUCCAUCCGAUUGAAACCCUAUUCACAUUUUGUUAUGACAUUUUCUAAAUUUUACAUUGUACAUUUUUAGACAUAAGAUUAUAUAAACAGAGCUUCGAAGUAACAAGAAGUUGUAUGAUGAAAGCAGAAUGAUAAUCAAUGAUAGGUAUUUUAACUGGGAAGUAUAUUGUGAUUUAAAGUCUUUAUCCUUGUGAGUAUUUUUUGUUGAAGAAUUUUACACAUUUAGUGCUUAGACUGUCAUACCUGAACAAAUUUAAUGGGUUUUUUUUAAAUCAGUGGGAAACCUCACAAAACUGAUGUUAAAGUAAUUCUAAAUUAUCAUUUCUACAUUGUUGGUCAGCUUUCGUCUUCCAUGACAUGAUUGAUAUCUAUUUUUGUACAUUUUAUCAUGUGAUUAACAAGUUUUGUUGAUUACACUGCAGUGGUUGCCAUGGUUCUCUGUUGUUACAAGCUGUUCGGUAGUGCACACACAUAACAAAAGGAUAGUUCCGAUAUUAAAUAUACAAUUUUAA